GGCUCUGGUCCUUCCUGGUGCUCCCCCAGUGUCCCUGCUGGUAUUGGGCUGUGCUGUGAGCUGAAAACCCCCAUUUCUCUUCAUAUAUUUCCAGAAGUACCCUUGGGUUUCAACAGCUGGAGAGGUUUUUUCCUUGCUGGGGCCAGCGAGGAGGGGAGAGGCUCCGGAGGGGGGUUUGCAGGCAAAGGCUGGCAGCACUUCCCACCAGGCAGGACCAGGUCUCCUCUCUUCUCCUGGCCCUGUGGCGCUUGGUCCUGAGGGUGGCUGAGGACAUGGUGGUCCUGAGGGCUGGGCUCUGCCCUGGUCUCACCGAAGAGAUGAUCCAGCUUCUCAGGGCAAACGGCAUCAGGACAGUGGUGGACUUUGUGUCAUCAGACCUGGAGGACGUUGCCCAGAAGUGCACCCUGUCUUACAAGGCGCUGGUUGCAGUGAGACGUGUGCUCCUGGCCCAGUUCUCUGCCUUCCCCGCCAAUGGAGCAGACCUCUAUGAGGAGCUCAAGAGCUCCACGGCCAUCCUGCCCACUGGGAGCCCAAGGCUGGACCAGCUGCUGGACUCUGGGCUGUACACGGGGGAAGUGACGGAGCUCAUGGGAGCGCCGGGCAGUGGGAAGACACAGGUGUGCCUGGGCAUUGCGGCCAGCGUGUCUCUUGGCCUCAAGCAGCACGUCCUGUUUCUCGACUCCACGGGGGGGUUCACUGCCUCCCGUCUCUACCAGAUGCUUCGAGCCCGGACAGAAGAUGAGGAAGAGCAGAUGGAGGCUCUGCAGCGGAUCCAGGUGGUCCGUGUGUUCGACAUCUAUGAAAUGCUGAGCGCCUUGCAGGAGCUGCGGGAUCACCUCUCCCAGCAGGUAGAGGUCGUCAGCUCCACAGGACCUCUCAAGAUCGUGGUGAUAGACUCAGUCUCGGCUGUGAUUUACCCACUGCUGGGCGGCAAGCAGUCGGAGGGUUUGGCCAUCAUGAUGCAGCUAGCCAGGGAGCUGAAGACGCUGGCCAGGGAGUUCAGCCUUGCCGUUGUGGUGACUAACCAGGUGACAAGGGACAGCAGCACCGGUCCACUGAAGCCAGCCCUCGGCCGCUCCUGGAGUUUCGUGCCCAGCACCCGGGUGCUGCUGGAGAGCAAAGAAGCCACCUGGGAGAAAGCCACCACGCAGCGCGUUGCUUCCUUGGCAAAGUCACCUCGGCAGCCGACAGGGAUACAGGUGGAGCUGGAUAUUGGAAACAGGGAUGUGCAGGAGCUGAGCCCAGUGACACCCACACAGGGGCUCUGAUGCAGGCGGGAAAGCAAAUGUCAAGGUCCAAGAGAGGUGCAAAAAAGCAGGCAAGCACACUGAAGGUUUUACAGACUGCCUCUGAGAGUCCUGCAGCCCUGGGAAGGACGAACAUGAAGAAGCUCUUGUUCUCUUGUGCUGCACAGAAAAUGAAUGUGGGGUUCCCUGGAGAUCUCCUUGCCUCAGCAGAUGCUGCCUGCAGUGGCUGGGCUGUGUGGGCAGCAUGACAACCAGGUCCUUUCCUCUGCUGGAGGCUUGUCUUCACCCAGCAGAGCCAGCCCUGUCCUAAGGUGUUGGCUUGGGACCAGCUGGCACAUCCCUGCACAAACCCAUGGCUCCUCAUGGUGGGGUUUGUUCCCCCCAUAACUCGCUGCCCUCUGGCCCCGGAGCUCUGAUCGUCCCUGGGCAGCCCACAGUGCUCUUGGUUCAGAAAUAAAAAAAAGAUGUUGCACACUGCUGUGGUUGUUGAAAGCUGGAACUCAAUUAAUGGCAACUGCUGUUAACUUAAUUAAAAUUUUGAGGUUUAGUCCCUAGCAGGAGUGGGGUGGGACAGGCUGUUGAUGAGCAGGGACAUAAUCAGAUGCUUGAUCUGACCUUCUCCCCAGAGUAACACCAGACCCUGUAGGGAGCUGCUGGUAUUUUGGGGUCACUACUGUGCUGCAUAAAGAAUUGCUGUUAACUGGUGAAAGUGAUGAUCUGGAUCUGCUGGGGUGGAUGAGUCCUGACUGACAGCAGCUGGCCCUGUCUCAUGCUCAAUGACCUACUCAAUUGCAUGUGGGGAAGUUUAGAAUAAUCUCUCCUUGCUCCAGUGCUUUCCAGCUGCUUUUGCCUGCUCUGGGCAACCUCUUGGGGGCUUGUGCAGUGCCACGGAGGAGACGGGAGGCUGGGAUGGAGCAUGGCCUCUCCUCUUGAUCCCAGAUGUCUUAGACACCCUCAUCCUCUGCUUGAUAAGAAACCUUCUUGGCAGUUGAGCUGAGCUGUGGCUUGCACUUCCAAGGCUGCUGAUGUAGCUUGUGGGGGCUGGGACUCAUCAGGGCAUGCUUAUUAAACUAAUAACUCAGCAGUACAGCUCCUGGAGCCUUCUAAGGCAGUGCUGGGCAAGGAGGAGUCUGAUUUAGCCAGAAUUUGGGUGCUAACUUCUCCAGAGUAGACAUAACACUGUACAGCCCUGUAUUCCUGAGCAAAUAGCUGCUGUAGGGAAGGGGCAGCUAAAAGGGGUAUGUGAACGCACAUUUUGGUUUCCCAAGAGGCAGUGCCAGGUCUCAGCACAGAUUCUUGUUUUGCACAUCUGUCAGAGCAAUGCUUCCUGCAAAACCGAGCUCUUGGUGCUCCUGGGGCUGUGAUUUAUGGGGCAGGUCCCAUCUCCUCCAUCGCGGCCACCCAGCCGCUGCAGCCCCGUGCUCGUGGCUGUGGGAAAGGCUGUGCUCCCAGCAGGUCCUGCCCAGGGAGAGGAAUGUGCCAAAGCAACAUGAGCUGUACCAUUAAACAGUUUUCAGUAAAAAUAAAUGUAUU